CCUGCCUCCCAGCGCGGUCCGAUGGUGCUGAGGCGCGAUGAGCCGCCCGUCCUCCGCCGGCCCCGGCCCUAGCAAGCCGUGCGGGAAGCAGCAGCAGCAGCAGCAGCAGCAUCACGCCCCGUCCCCCGCCGCCGUCCUGCCGGGGCCCGGCGGGGCUUCUCCGCCGCCUCCCCCUCCUCCUCCUCCUCCUCCUCUUCCUCCCCCCCAGCAGCAGCAGCAGCAGCAGCAGCAGCAACAGCAGCAGCAGGAGCUGACCUCGCUCUUCGAGUGCCCGAUCUGCUUCGACUAUGUCCUGCCGCCCAUCCUGCAGUGCCAGGCCGGGCACCUCGUGUGCAAGCAAUGCCGGCAGCAGCUGAGCCUCUGCCCCACCUGCCGGGGCUCCCUCACCCCCAACAUCAGGAACCUGGCCAUGGAGAAGGUGGCCUCGGCUGUCCUCUUCCCGUGCAAGUACGCCACAACAGGCUGCUCCCUGACACUCCACCACACAGAAAAGCCAAAACAUGAAGCCGUCUGUGAGUACCGUCCCUACUCCUGCCCGUGUCCCGGCACCUCCUGUGACUGGGAGGGAUCCCUGGAAGCCGUGAUGUCCCACCUCAUGCAUGCCCACAAAAGCAUUACCACCCUUCAGGGAGAAGACAUCAUUUUCCUCGCCACAGACAUUAACCUGCCAGGGGCAGUGGACUGGGUGAUGAUGCAGUCGUGCUUCAGUCACCACUUCAUGCUGGUGCUGAAGAAACAGGAGAAGUGUGAAGGUCACCAGCAGUUUUUUGCCACCGUGCUGCUCAUCGGCACCCGAAAGCAGGCGGAGAACUUUCAGUACAGACUGGAACUGCACGGCAACUGCCACCGGCUGACCUGGGAGGCCUCCCCCUGCUCCAUCCACGACGGCGUGUCCGUGGCCAUCCGCAACAGCAACUGCCUCGUUUUUGAUACGGCCACCGCACACCUCUUUGCUGACAACGGAAACCUCGGCAUUAACGUGACGAUUUCCAUGUGCUGUCCGUGACGUGUCGCUAGCGAGACCCCAGCUGUCUGGACGCAGUGCUUCACCAGGGUUUGCUUUUGGUUCCUGUUUUUUAUGCUGUUCAACUAUGUCAUCGUACAUGCUAAGGUUCCUAACUAGCCAGCAGCUGUAACUUUGGGGAGAAGAGGAACAAGAGUGUCCUGUAAGUAACAUGAGUGGGACAAGGUCUUUUAAAAUUCCUGGGUGCCUUAGGAAGAUUACACACACACAGUUACCUUCUAUAAUUUAAUUGUAUUUUAUGUAAAGAGUGCUUCCAUUAGACAUGUGGCUUAAGAAGCUCCUGUUUGGAGCACACCUAAAAGCCCUUGAAGCAACAGUACAAAUUCGCUCUCUCACUGGUGAGCUUUAAUAACAGGCUUUAGUAUCACAAAAGGGUUUGGGUUGGAAGAGACUUAAAGAUCAUCUAUUCCAAUCCCCCUGCCAUGGGCAGGGACACCCUCCACUAUCCCGGGUUGCUCCAAGCCCUGUCCAGCCUGGCCUUGGACACUUCCAGGGCUGGGGCAGCCACAGCUUCUCUGGGCAACCUGUGCCAGGGCCUGCCCACCCUCACAGGGAAGAAUUUCUUCCCAGUAUCCCACAUAACCCUUCUCUCUGGCAGCGGGAAGCCAUUCUGCCUUGUCCAAAGUCCCUCUCCAGCUCUCUUGUAGCACCUCUAGGUACUGGAAGGGGCUCUGAGUUCUCAUGAUUUGCCCUUAGUAAAGCCAUGUUGGCUGUCACCCAUCACCUCAUUUUCCAUGUGCCUUAGCACAGUUUCCAGGAGGAUCUGCUCCAUGCUCUUGCUGGGCACUGAGGUGAGACUUACCAGCCUGUAAUUCCCUGGGUCUUCCUUAUUCCCCUUUUUAGAAAAGGGGGGUUAUGUUUCCCCUUUUGCACUCCAUGAGAACUCCACUGGACUGCCAUAACUUCUCAAAUAUGAUGGAUAGUGGCCAAGCCACUUUCUCUGCCAGUUCCCUCUGGACCCAUGGGUGCAUCUCGUUAGGUCCCAUGGACUUGUGCCCCUUCAGGUCCCUUAGACCCUCUCGACCCUGAUCCUCUUCCACGGUGGGCCGUUUUUCCUUCUCCCACUCCUGCCUUUGCCUCCUGUGGCUCGGGUGCUAUGGCUGGAGCACUUGCCAUGAAGGUUGAGACAAACACCACUGCAUACCCCAGGCUUCUCCUUGUCCUGGGGAACCAGGUCUCUCCUUUCCUUCUGGAGAGGGCCCGCAUUUUCCCUACUCUUCCUUUUAUCACUGGUGUACCUGUAGAGGCUUUGCUUUUUGCCCUUGACGUCCCUGGCCAGAUUUAAUUCUAUCAGGCUUUAGCUUUCCUAACCUGAUCCCUGUCUGCUCUGACAAUCUCUUCUCCAAGGCUGCCUGUCUUUUCCUAGUUGGUAGGAAAGGAAAGAAAUCCAAGCAACCUCUCACAGAAGAAGCUGUGACUCAAAGCAGGAGCAGUAGGUACUUCAGCAAUGUUUCUCCAUUCCCUGCUACCUUAUGGAAGGGGGUGGGCAGUCGUCAGCUGCAGUGGCUUUAAAAUGAAAAAGAGGAGGAGGGGCUGGGGUACAGCCCAGCAGGUUUCAGGGAGCAUGGAAGGUACUGCUGUGUGACUCCUGCCUGGUGCAGGGGGAUCUGGCCAGGUACGGGUGCGAGCAGGAGGCUCGAGUCUCACAGAUCUCAGACAGCUGGAGCCAGUGACACAGAGACAGAGUCGGGCUGUCCCCUGCCCUGGGAGACACACUUGACCAUUGAUUAUUGUAAAAGACUCAUAAUAUAGCAAGAGCUUUAUGGCCAGUGUCACGUCAUUUGCUAUUUAAGUUUUGUUGCCAUAUUUACUUUUAUUUUGCAAUAAAUAUUUUGCAAAACCAA